ACAACACAUUGAAGAGAACACGUCAGACUGAAAGUGAAACAGAAGCCGCAGGUGAUGGAUUGAAAAAAUAAUAACAGAAAGGAAUCAGUGAAUUAGUGUUGAUGGAAUGAUGGCCAUUAUCAUGGAAAACAAUGGAGAGGUCUGAAGAGCAGUAUCAUGCAUCAUGGCGCCUCAUCCAGCCGGAGAAAAGGCAGUGCCCCCAGACGUCGCCCGCCACAGCCGUCGACGCCACAGCCGUCAACGUCACAGCCACAGCCGUCGACGCCACAGCCGUCAACGUCACAGCCACAGCCGUCGACGUCACAGCCACAGCCACAGCCGUCGACGUCACAGCCACCACCACGACCACCGCCACGACUGCCGUCACGGCGGCCGUCACAGCCACCGUCACAGCCACGACCACGACCGCCGCCACGACCGCCGCCACGACCGCCGCCACGACCGCUGCCACGACUGACGUCACGGCGGCCGUCACAGCCACCGUCACGACCGCCGUCACAGCCGACCCCUUCCACUUCACGCCUGCCAGGGCCCGCACCUCCCAGGAGGAGGAGGAGGUUUCGUCCGGGCACCAGGGCCCUGCAGGAGAUCAGAAAGUACCAGAGGACGACCAACCUUCUCAUCCCCAAAGCGCCGUUCUGUCGCCUGGUGAGGUCCGUGAGGUGUGUCAGAAGUUGGGCAGAGGGUCUCUCAGGUGGCAGGUGAUGGCUCUGAUGGCCAUGCAUGAGGCAGCUGAGGCCUUCCUGGUCAUGGUGUUGUCCGACGCCUACUUGUGCACCUUACACGCCAACAGGGUCACCUUGUUCAACAAAGACGUGCAGCUGGCCCGCAGGAUCCGAGGAAUAGAUGACAUUUAACUCUUUUCUCUUUUGCUUAGUUAGGUUAGGUUAGCUGGCAACCAUUUUAAACAUUGUGUCUCUAUCUUGUUGUGUUGUGUCUCUAUCUUGUUGUGUUGUGUCUCUAUCUUGUUCUGUUGUGUCUUUAUGUUGCUGUGUCUCUAUGUUGUUCUGUUGUGUCUUAAUGUUGCUGUGUCUCUAUGUUGUUCUGUUGUGUCUUUAUGUUGUUGUGUCUCUAGGUUGUUCUGCUGUGUCUUUAUGUUGCUGUGUCUCUAUGUUGUUCUGUUGUGUCUUAAUGUUGCCGUGUCUCUAUGUUGUUCUGUUGUCUUUAUGUUGUUGUGUCUCUAGGUUGUCCUGUUGUGUCUUUAUGUUGCUGUGUCUCUAUGUUGUUCUGUUGUCUUUAUGUUGUUGUGUCUCUAGGUUGUCCUGUUGUGUCUUUAUGUUGCUGUGUCUAUGUUGUUCUGUUGUCUUUAUGUUGUUGUGUCUCUAUGUUGUUCUGUUGUGUCUUUAUGUAGUAGUGUUGUGUCUUUAUGUUGUUGUGUCUCUAUGUCCUGUUGUGUCUUUAUGUUGUAGUGUUGUGUCUUUAUGUUGAUGUGUCUCUAUGUUGUUCUGUUGUGUCUUUAUGUUGUUGUGUCUCUAUGUUCGGUUGUGUCUUUAUGUUGUAGUGUUGUGUCUUAUGUUGUUGUGUCUCUAUGUUGUUCUGUUGUGUCUUUAUGUAGUAGUGUUGUGUCUUUAUGUUGUUGUGUCUCUAUGUGCUGUUGUGUCUUUAUGUUGUAGUGUUGUGUCUUUAUGUUGCUGUGUCUCUAUGUUGUUCUGUUGUGUCUCUAUGUUGUAGUGUUGUGUCUUUAUGUUGUUGUGUCUCUAUGUUGUUCUGUUGUGUCUUUAUGUAGUAGUGUUGUGUCUUUAUGUUGUUGUGUCUCUAUGUGCUGUUGUGUCUUUAUGUUGUAGUGUUGUGUCUUUAUGUUGCUGUGUCUCUAUGUUGUUCUGUUGUGUCUUUAUGUUGCUGUGUCUCUGUUGUUCUGUUGUGUCUUUAUUUUGUUGUGUCUCUAGGUUGUGCUGUUGUGUCUUUAUGUUGUUGUGUCUCUAUGUUGUUCUGUUGUGUCUUUAUGUUGCUGUGUCUAUGUUGUGCUGUUGUGUCUUUAUGUUGCUGUGUCUCUAUGUUGUUCUGUUGUGUCUUUAUGUUGUUGUGUCUCUAUGUUGUUCUGUUGUGUCUUUAUGUUGCUGUGUCUCUAUGUUGUUCUGUUGUGUCUUUAUGUUGCUGUGUCUCUAUGUUGUUCUGUUGUGUCUUUAUGUUGUUGUGUCUCUAUGUUGUUCUGUUGUCUUUAUGUUGUUGUGUCUCUAUGUUCUGUUGUGUCUUUAUGUUGUAGUGUUGUGUCUUUAUGUUGCUGUGUCUCUAUGUUGUUCUGUUGUGUCUUUAUGUUGUUGUGUCUCUAUGUUGUUCUGUUGUGUCUUUAUGUUUUAGUGUUGUGUCUUUCUGUUGUUGUGUUGUGUCUUUAUGUUGUCGUCUUGUGUCUUAAUGUUGUAGUGUUGUGUCUUUCGGUUGUUGUGUUGUGUCUUUAUGUUGUCGUCUUGUGUCUUUAUGUUGUAGUGUUGUGUCUUUCUGUUGUUGUGUUGUAUCUUAAUGUUGUCGUCUUUAUGUUGUAGUGUUGUGUCUUUCUGUUGUAGUGUUGUGUUGUGUCUUUAUGUUGUUGUGUUGUGUCUUAAUGUUGUGUUGUAAAGUUGUUGUGUGGUCUUUGUGUUGUUGUGUUGUGGUGUGUAAUGAAUGAUCUGGGCCAUGGUACAUAUUUGUCUUUGAGGUAUUGUGCUCCUUCUGUUCUGGUCCUGUUUUGGGCGCUGAUUUGCACACACUUUCUUUGAUUAAUGUUACGCUGCUUUACUGAGUUAGUAAGUUAGUUCUUAGUAACAUCCCCCAAACAACCUUCUUCAUAAUAAUCAAAUGACCCCUUCAAAUCCAGGGGGAUAAAAGGGCGCUACAGAAACAAUCUUUUGUACAAGAGGAAUGGGAAAUUAGCAUGUUUGAAAAUAGUUGUACAAUUUCCCACUGUCUGUGAAGCAUGCAUUCAAAGUUGUGUUGUAUUUUUGAAACACACUUCUUAACAACAGUAUUUAUCUUUCCAUUUAAAAAUGUGUUGAUAUUUUUUCACAUAAAAAUAAAGCGUUAAAAAC